UUGGGAGCCUUAUUCCCGGGAACUGGGAGAGUAUAGAAGAAAAGCUUCCUGCGUCGGCCGUGAGGCGAGGUGGGGGGAGUGGAAACGGAGUGUGCGCUGGAGGUGUGGUGGGUCUAAGCUGACUCGCUUAUGCUGGCUGAGCAUGGAGGAUUUGAAAGAGGAUAUCAAGUUCAUCGUGGAUGAGACCUUGGACUUUGGAGGGCUGUCCCCAUCUGACAGUCACGAGGAAGAGGACAUAACAGUAAUAGUGAGUCCGGAGAAACCACUUCGACGGGGCCUCUCCCAUCGGAGUAACCCAAAUGCAGUCACUCCUGCCCUCCAGGGUGUGAGGUUCAGCUUGGGCCCACUCAGCCCAGAGAAGCUGGAGGAGAUCCUUGAUGAAGCCAACCGCCUGGCAGCUCAGCUGGAGGAGUGUGCCCUGAAAGACCGGGAGAGUGCUGGUACAGGCCCUGGAAGGCCCAGCCCCAGAGGGAAGCCCAGCCCUCGACGGGAGACCUUCGUCCUGAAGGACAGCCCUGUCCGAGAUCUGCUGCCCACCGUGAGUUCUUGGAGCACCCCACCUCCAAGCAGCCUGACAGGGCUCCGGAGCAGUGAUAAAAAGGGGUCAGCCAGGGCUGUUCGAGUGGCAUCUGGAAAGAAGCCCUCCAGCAUAAAGAAGGAAUCACCCACUUGCAAUCUGUUCCCUGCAUCCAAAAGCCCAGGGCCAGGGCGCUCUCCUCUUGCACAACCAACUCUCCCACCUCGGCGGAAAACUGGGUCCGGCGCCCGGACAACAGCAAGCCCACCAAUUCCUGUCAGACCAGCUCCACAGUACUCAGCUAGCAACUCCCAGUGUUCAUCCCGGCUUCAGGGAGCAGCUGCCAAGUCUUCCAGUCGACUCCCUGUUCCCUCAGUCCUUCCCAGACCUGUCACCCGAGUGCCACUCACUGGGCAGUGUAUACCACCUGGUAAAGGUGUCCUAGCUCCAGAUUCUCUCUCAACUCAGAAAGAGCAUCCAAGUGCCAUAGGGCACAGAGCUCCUGUUUCCCAUCGAACAAAUCUACCAGCCACCAGUGCUGCUCGAGGCAGGACCACCAGUGCCGCUCGAGGCAGGACCACCAGUGCCGCUCGAGGCAGGAUGCAGCUCCCCAGGAAAGCUGCAGUCCCUGGACCUACUAGGUAAGAAGAUGGGGCAGCAAACAAAGACUCAAUAGCAAGCCGCUACAUCUUAACCAUCAAAGUCUGGACUCUUCUCUGCCAGUGGUCAGUCCCUAACUCCAGUAGACUCGUGCCCAGAGAUGGAAGGAAGAGUUGCCUCCAGGGCUGACCUCUAAAGUAGAGACUGGAGGUUGGGGUGUGGUGAGCUUGAGGAGACUCAACCCCACCCUACCCCACCUGAAAGAAGAAGAGAGAGGCAGAGGUCAUCUGCCCGUGGAGAAAUUCACAAACAAAGUGAUAAAUGGAGGCAGAGGGACCUAUCUGUCUCCUUCCAUCUUGUGGUCAGGCCUAGAGAACUUGACCUGCCCAGACCACGGUCCACUGGCCGUUUCCAUGUGAGUGGCCUCGGGACCCGGCCAGCUCCCUGUUCUCUAGGACCAGUCUUCCUGACUUGAGUCCUACACUGGUUUCUGGUCUGAAGGGCCCAGAGGGCAGCUGGUGUGCAGUACUUGUUUCCUAUGAAUUCUAUGACUUCUCACAGGCCAAUCAGUUGUAAGCUUACUCACAUCUUCAUAUUUUUUCUUAAAUGAAUAAAGAAAAAAAUUUUUUUUCAGUA